AUGUCCAAUAUUACCAAGGAAGGUGAGAAUGGGAAUUUUGAAGUGAUAUUCAGCAGGAAGACUGUCGUAAAAGCUGCCAAUCCAGUACCAAAGCCUUUUUCAAUCAGACUCUCAAAUCUUGACCUCCUUUCAGGCCGUUUUCCAGUUACAUAUUUGUAUUUCUACCGCAGGCCACAAGUAGAUGAUUUCAGAGCUGUUGUUGAGGCUCUCAAGACCUCUCUAGCACAAAUACUUAAUUACUACUACCCUUUUGCUGGCCAAAUUGCUGAAAAUCCCAAAACCAGUGAGCCGGAAAUCAUUUGUGAUAACAAUGGUGCUCUAUUCAUUGAGGCACACAUCAAUAUUCCAUUAAAGAGUGUAGAUUUCUAUAAUCUCAACAAAACUAUCGGAGGAAAAAUAGUCUCCAUUCAACCAGACUUCCCCAUGCAAGUUCAGGUAACAGACUACACUUGUGGAGGCAUUUCUAUAGCAUUUACUUUUGACCAUGCAUUAGGGGAUGCAAGUUCCUUUGGUAAAUUUAUUGCCUCCUGGUGUGAAAUAUCCCAAAAUAAACCACUAAUCUGCCUGCCAGACCACACUAGAUCCCUUCAUGCGCGUUCUCCUCCAAGAUAUCACCCAUCCUUGGACCAAACUUUUAUCAAAUGCACCAAAGAAGACAUACAAAACAUAUCAAUGAACCACAUCUCACUUAAACGACUAUACCACAUCAAUGCAUCAAGUAUUAACAUGCUGCAGAGACUUGCAUCUGUUAAUGGUGCAAAGAGAACAAAGAUUGAGGCUUUCUCUGCCUAUGUAUGGAAGAAAAUGAUCGGUACCAUUGAUCAAAGCCAUAAAAAGUGUAAGAUGGGUUGGUUGGUCGAUGGCAGAGAGAGAAUGAGCAGGGGUAGGAAUUCCAUGUCAAAUUACAUUGGCAAUGUCCUAUCUUUGGCUUUAGGGGAAGCAAGUAUUCAAGAAUUGAAGGAAGCCUCUAUAUCAGACAUAGCUAACAUGGUAAAUGAGGCAAUUUCAAAGGUGAACAAUGAGGUUCAUUUCUCGGACUUGAUUGAUUGGAUCGAGUGUCAUAGGCCUGGUUUGAUGAUAGCAAAGGCAGUCUUGGGUCAAGAAGGGCCAACCUUGGUCGUGUCCUCAGGAAGGAGGUUUCCUAUCACUGAAGUUGACUUUGGAUUUGGGACUCCCCUGAUAGGGACAGCAUACACUUCCAUUGAAAAGAUUGGAGUUGGUUACAUGAAUCAAAGGCAAAGUGCCAAGGGUGAUGGCUCUUGGACUGUGUCUGCUAUCUUGUGGCCUGAACUUGCAGCUGCACUGGAGAGUGACCCAAUUUUCCAGCCAAUGUCUACUUCUCAUCUUCAACUUUAG